AGCGGACACACAAGAGGCUGUGGAGUUACACAGAGAGAAUCUUGAGAGUAGAUCUCAUAAUUACGGAUUACCAGCUUUUUUCUUCUUCUCCUGAACUACUGCAGACGCGCUCUUCUUUGAUGUCUGAGAAGACUGUUGCGUUGCCAUGACGAGCGAGGAGGAGGAGGGCCCCGGCGUUGCAACAUCAUCAGCAACGGCACCGUCAGCGGCAGCGAUCUCCAGGGCAACAACAGCCAUAGCCAGGGGCGACAGCAAUGAUGCGGUCAGUUCCUCCUCCCCCCGCAGGCCUUCCCCGUACCACCUCCCACGUCCCGAGGAAAAGGAGGAGAAAGAGGAGGAAAUAGAGGAGGAGGAGAUUGUUCAGGAAGAGAGGAUUGAGAAGGAGGAGGAGGAGGAGGAGUGUGACAGAAAUGAUGAAGACGAUGAGGACGAUGUUAGCAGUGAUACCAGCGUGUUAGUUGUGCCCUACCCUGAGCUGGUACCUGUCGUCUUCUUCUGCCUCAAGCAGACAACAUGUCCGCGCAGCUGGUGCAUCCGCAUGGUCUCCAACCCAUAUCCUUUUGACACUGUGAACGAUGAUACAGGAUUACCUUCAAAAGGCCUGUUUUAAUGUCUUCAUCUGUCAUCAUUUAAUCAUUCAGCAUUUUUCCAUUUUUGGCCAUAACAACAUUAAGAAACAUAUUUUAAAUCUUUCACCUAAAUAAGUUCACAGUUGCCUGACUUGCAAGCCAAAUUUUUACUUUUUUUAGUUUCAUUUUGCUAAAUUUGCCUCCCUUGGGGAAGCAGCAUUGUUCUUGAGUUAUGUUAUAUACCCUAUAUAGACAAAAGUAUCCAGACACACCUCUUGAUGGGCCUAUUAAUCAGGGUUUGGGCUCGGCCCUUGACUUCCAAGUCUUAAUGGUUCAGCAUACCAAGACAUUUUGGACAAUGCUAUGCUUCCAACUUUGUGGCAACAGUUUGUUGAAGGCCCUUUUCUAUUCCAGCAUGACUGUGCCCCAGUGCACAAAGCAAAGCUCCAUAAAGACAUGGUUG